GGCACUGGUGGGCACAGGUGGGUGGGCACAGGUGGGUGGCACUGCUGGGCACAGGUAGGUGGCACUUCUGGGCACAGGUGUGUGACACUGCAGAGUGGCACAGGUGGGUGCACUGCUGGGCACAGGUGGGUGCACUGCUGGGCACAGGUGGGCGCACUGCUGGGCACAGGUGGGCGGAACUUGCGGGUGGCACUGCUGGGCACUGAUCAUCAGGGCAUUGAUCAUCAGUGCCCUGAUGAUCGGUGCCGAUCCCCGCUCUGACAACUGCCGGUUCUCGGCAGUACUUUCCUCGCGAUCUGACAGCGUGAGGAAAGUGCAGCCGAGAACCGGCACUUGCAU